UAUCUCAAUUCCUCGUGCUAUCCCUUGCUCCUAUUUGGAGAGAUCACUGUAAACAAACUGUAAACAUUUCACUGUUGGACAGUUUUAUGAAAUUUUCAGCGUUUUAUUUUACAUUUAAAAGCAGUUUAUAUCAGUUAAUUCAUCUUUUAACAAUUGUUAAUUGACAAGUUUCUAAUCAAGAUGCCUGGUAAAAAACACUUUCAAAAAUCUGGCCUUGGGAAAAGCUUGGUUAAUACAACUAACAAACCAAGUAUGAAUAACCGUAGCUCAAGACACACAGCUGUUCUCAAUGAUGGGUCCGAUUAUGGGAAACUUAAUCUACGAAGUGUUACUCAAGAAAGUAGUCUGGAUGAAUUCAUUACAAUUGCCCAAAUGGCUGGAGAUGCAUUUACCAAAGAUCGAGAAAAUGUGACCAUUAUAACAAAAACAACAAGACAAGGAGUUUUGAGUGAUGAAGAAAAACAAGCAUUGAUCAAGGAACAAGAAGAGAAUUCAGACAUAAUUGCAAUCCCUAGAAGACCUCCCUGGGAUCCAGAUAUGAGUAUAGAAGACUUAACGAGAGCAGAAAAUGAUAGCUUUCUAAAUUGGCGUCGAAAAUUGGCUGAAUUUCAGGAAAAAAGUAAACUGACUUUAACGCCAUUUGAAAAAAAUGUUGAAUUCUGGAGACAGUUGUGGAGAGUGGUUGAAAGAAGUGAUGUUAUUGUUCAAGUGUUAGAUGCACGAAAUCCGCUAUUAUUCCUCAGUAAAGAUCUACAGAAGUAUGUUAAAGAAGUCGAUCAAAAUAAGAUGAACUUGAUCAUUCUGAACAAAGCUGACCUUCUUACCGAUACUCAGCGAGCUACUUGGGCCGACUACUUCGAAAGACAAGGCAUCAGAGCUGUAUUUUUUUCUGCUUUACAAGAAACUACACAGGAAAACUCAGAGGAAAAGGAAUCAGACGAAUCAAAAUCAAACUCCGGAAUUAGCGAAAGUGAUAAUACAAGUGAAGAUGAGAGUGAAGAUGAUAGACAAGAAGAUGAAAAUUCACGAUCACGUGAAAAAGAAUCGACAGAAACAUCUGACGAGCUCAAUCAAGUUGGAGUAAAAGAAAGCCAAAAGGACCCUGAAAGCUCUGAAACCAUACGCGAUAAAGAAAAACUUACGUGUGAUGGAAAUAAUGAAGAAAUACCAAUAAGUAAUAAUGAAGAAGGACAAGAAAAAGAAGGCAUCGAAAAGGAGGAGCAAGAUAACGCCGAUACUCCCGGAAAAAUUUUAGGACGCGAGGAGUUGGUAGAUUUUUUAAAAACUGUAUAUCCGGAUGAUCGACCAAAAGUGAAGGAUCAAUAUGUUACUAUUGGUCUCGUUGGGUAUCCAAAUGUUGGUAAAAGUUCAACCAUCAAUGCGCUGAUCCAGUGCAAAAAAGUGUCAAUAUCAGCAACUCCUGGUAAAACGAAGCAUUUUCAAACUUUAUUUCUCGAUGAUGACCUGUGCUUAUGUGAUUGUCCUGGGCUUGUUUUCCCUAAUUUUGUUUCAAACAAAGCAGAGAUGAUUCUUAAUGGUAUUCUUCCGAUCGACCAGAUGAAUGAUCACGUUCCUCCCAUCAACUUAUUGAUUAGUCUGGUGCCAACCUAUGUUUUCGAAGUUCAAUAUAGUAUCACUUUACCCCUUGAAACACACAAUGAUGUUCAACUUACAGCUGAACAAUUGUUGAAUGCUUAUGGAUAUAUGAGAGGAUUUAUGACUCAGCGAGGCUUACCCGAUAAUCCAAGAUCAGCCCGCUACAUUCUGAAAGACUUUGUCAACGGAAAACUUGUCUAUUGUGUUGCUCCUCCUGGAGUUGAACAGAGUGAUUUCCAUAAGUUCACUGAUCAUCACCGACCUCGACCUAGACAUAUUACUAGAAAACAAGAAAUCCUCUUGAAUUUCAACAGCUAUAAUGUUAAAUCCUUUGACAACAAUUAUUUUACAGCAAUAGCAUCCAAAGCUUACGCUAAAGGACCAAUCAAUGUUGUUAAUGCUGCACGAGUUAGUGGCCCAAAUUCAUCGAAAAAUGAUGUAACCAUGCCAGAAGUUUCCAAACCCUGGAGGCAACACAGCAAAAGAAAUACUAAACAAAAAUUGCGUAAACAGUUUGCACAUCUUGAUGUAAAAUGAAUAUGAUAUGUAAUGAAUACCUUUCCUUGUUCAAUCGGUGCUAUGUUUAAUAGAAUUGAUAAUUUGAUAAUCCACUGAUGUUACUGGAAGAUAUUUAUAAUCAAAUCAUCUGUAUCAAAACUCUGUACAUGUAUGAUAUUUUAUAAGAAUAGUAGGUGAUUGUUCGAGACAAUUUGAAUGCAGGCCCAAAAGAAAUUUUUGCUUCAAUCUUGUUUAAUUUGGGUUCAAAACAAAUAAUGCAUGAUGUCAAUUUAUUUUAUUAUCGUUGUACGAAUAUGUUAUACAAUGUAAAUGAUUUGAAGUCUAUGAAGA